CCCGUCUCCCGGAGGCGCGGGCGGUGGGGCCCCGCGCCUUUUGUGUCGGGCUUGGACCGCCGCGCGCGCUCUCCCCUCAGCGGCCGCGGGCGGAGGGUCGCACGCGCGCGCAUCCCCUCAGCGGGCGGAGGGGCGCACCCUCCGUCUCGUCCCUAGGGCUGAAUUCGCCUUCCCGCCUCCCCGUCCGCGGGUCUGGGGGCCGCCGCCCCCUCCCCUCCUUCCACCUUCUCUGGCGGCGCGCGCACUCGCCGGCCCGGGCACGCGCCCGCCAAGAUGGCAGGGGCCGGGGCCCAGCUGUCAGGCGUCGCGGCCGCAGCCCAUCCCCGCAGCUAGCGGCCCGGACACCCGCCUCGAGAAGAUGAACCCCCGCUGCCCCCCGCAGCCCAGCGAGACGCGGAGCCGUCGCGCCCGGGGCCGGCUCCCCCGCUAACGCCCCGCGCCCCGCGCCGCGCGCCCGGCCCCGCGCGCCCGCCCCGGCAGCGACAAUGAGUGAACAGAGUAUCUGCCAAGCCCGGGCUUCCGUGAUGGUCUACGAUGACACCAGUAAGAAAUGGGUACCCAUCAAACCCGGCCAGCAGGGUUUCAGCCGGAUCAACAUCUACCACAACACUGCCAGCAGCACCUUCAGAGUCGUCGGAGUGAAGCUGCAGGAUCAGCAGGUUGUGAUCAAUUAUUCAAUCGUGAAAGGGCUGAAGUACAAUCAGGCGACACCAACCUUCCACCAGUGGCGAGACGCCCGCCAGGUCUAUGGCUUGAACUUCGCCAGUAAGGAGGAGGCAACCACGUUCUCCAACGCCAUGCUGUUCGCCCUCAACAUCAUGAAUUCCCAGGAAGGAGGCCCGUCCACCCAGCGGCAGGUGCAGAAUGGCCCCUCUCCUGAUGAGAUGGACAUCCAGAGAAGACAAGUGAUGGAGCAGCAGCGCCAGGAGUCCCUAGAGAGAAGAACCUCAGCCACAGGACCCACCCUCCCACCGGGGCACCCCUCAUCUGCAGUCAGCGCCCCCCUCUCGUGUAGUGGGCCUCCACCCCCGCCCCCACCCCCUGUCCCACCGCCACCCACAGGGGCCACUCCCCCUCCCCCACCCCCACUGCCAGCCGGAGGAGCCCAGGGCGCCAGCCACGACGAGAGCUCCGUGUCAGGACUGGCUGCUGCCCUGGCGGGGGCCAAGCUGAGGAGGGUCCAGCGGCCCGAAGAUGCGUCCGGAGGCUCCAGUCCCAGCGGGACCUCCAAGUCUGACGCCAAUCGGGCGAGCAGUGGGGGCGGAGGAGGAGGCCUCAUGGAAGAGAUGAACAAGCUGCUGGCCAAGAGGAGAAAAGCAGCCUCCCAGACAGACAAGCCGGCUGAUAAAAAGGAAGACGAAAGCCAAACGGAAGAGCCCAGCACCUCUCCUUCUCCGGGUACCCGAGCAGCCAGCCAGCCACCCAACUCCUCAGAGGCCGGCCGGAAGCCCUGGGAGCGGAGCAACUCCGUGGAGAAGCCCGUGUCCUCGCUGCUGUCCAGAACCCCGUCCAUGGCCAAGAGCCCCGAAGCUAAGAGCCCCCUUCAGUCACAGCCUCACUCUAGAUUCCAUAUACAAGUGAGAUUAUACCGUGUCUGUCUUUCUCUGCCUGGCUUAUUCCACGCAGCCUCAUGCCCUCUAGUCCAUCCAUGUUGCCACACAUCGUGGCUUCCUUCUGUCUCACAGCUGAAUAAUCCCACAUGUGUGUGUUCCACGUCUUCUUACCCACCUGCCUGUCCAUGGACACUUGGCGGCUUCCGUGUCCUGACUGCUGUGGCUAAUGCUGCAGCAAACACAGGGGGGCAGGUACCUCGUCAAGAUUCCCUCCUCCAGCGAUUGCAUCUCCUUCGCACAAAACCCAGACGUGGGGUUGCUGGCUGUUUCUCGUCUGAGGAGCCUCCGUGCUGUUUCCCAGCGAGGCUGCGACAGCACCGUAGCGCUCACGCCUCCUCUCUGUGGCCGUGGACAACAGCGGACCUCGAUUUCACCACACGCUCUCAUCCGUCCGAUCACGGUCACGGUGUGUCCACCAGCCGUCACGUCCACGGACCCUGCAGCAGUUCGGCCACGUCCUUGCCCAGAACACGCAGGCCCCGCCCGCCUCUCCGUCCAUGUGGGGAGAGCAAUGGGUGUUUUGCUAAGAUUUUCCAGGAAAGAUUCAUGUGGAAGAGACGUUGCCGUUCAAACCAGCUUUAGUUCCGAAACUUCUCAAAGAGGCAGCCCAGGAAACGGAAACCUUGGCCUCCGAAGAGCAAAGCCCUGUCCAGGGGCGUUGCCUGCAGUCAGGCCUUUAAGCGGGUGUUUGCUGCACAGGCUUUGCGAUUCGCAUUGUCCUCAGUGCCGCCAUUGCUGGUUUCCCGUUUGCCAGGAACAGAGCCCGCGCCGAGGACUAGCUUGUCAGUGUUUUCUUCCCCGGGGAGGCCGCGUGGGCACUGCCGCCCGCGAGAGCUCUAAGCGCCGGGAGCAGCCCUCAGUGGGACCCUGAGCCCUGACUCUUGGCUGGGAAACAUGGUCACAGCAUCCCGAGGUCCUGGAGGCGGCGGUAGAACCCUCCUCGCGUGGCUAAGGAGCGGCCACAGAUACAAGCAAAGAGGGUUUGAAGGGCCACGGGAAGGGGCAGUCUCAUCCCGCAGGGCCCGCCCCAAGCAGGAGGCCCUGGUGCGCCCAGGUCCCUGCUCAGGCUCGGUCCCCAGUGUGGUGCGUGCCUGCCAGGCCCCGCCACCUG